CCCAGGGGACCCUGGGUCAAAUAACCAUGACAACAGGCUGACCAGACUUUCUCUUCCUCUCUGCCCUCCUCUAGCUGGGAAGUGUUAAUAGCUUUGCUCGAGAGCAAUUGGAUUUGUUUCCUCCAGACAAGACACUCGGCAGCCUGGGCUCUGUGGCACUGAGACAACAUCAGCUGGAGUGAGUGUGGGGCUUCCGAGACGACCUUACCUGGUUGGUUUCUGAGAAGUAAAGAAGUUGAGGCUUGAAGAGCUCCAAUGGCAGUCAACAAGGGCCCUACCUUGCUGGAUGGAGACCUCCCUGAGCAGGAGAAUGUGCUGCAGCGGGUCCUGCAGCUGCCGGUGGUGAGCGGCACCUGUGAGUGCUUCCAGAAGACCUACGCCAGCACCAAGGAAGCCCACCCCCUGGUGGCCUCUGUAUGCAAUGCCUACGAGAAGGGCGUGCAGGGUGCCAGUAGCCUGGCGGCCUGGAGCAUGGAGCCUGUGGUCCGCAGGCUGUCCACCCAGUUCGUAGCUGCCAACGAGCUGGCCUGCCGAGGCCUGGACCACCUGGAGGAAAAGAUCCCCGCCCUCCAGUAUCCUCCUGAAAAGAUCGCCUCUGAGCUGAAGGACACCAUCUCCACCCGCCUUCGCAGCGCCAGGAACAGCAUCAGCGUGCCCAUUGCCAGCACUUCAGACAAAAUCCUAGGGGCCGCUCUGGCCGGCUGUGAGCUCGCCUGGGGGAUGGCGAGAGACACUGCCGAGUAUGCUGCCAACACCCGAGCUGGCCGGCUGGCCUCUGGAGGGGCCGACUUGGCCUUGGGUGGUGUCGAGAAGAUGGUAGAGUUCCUCCUCCCUCCAGCCAACGAAGAGUCAGCCCCUGCCCCAGGACUCCAGGAUGCCCAGAAACCUCCCAAGGCCAAGCCAAGCCUCGUGAGCAGGGUUGGGGCCCUGGCCAACACUCUCUCUAGACACACCUUCCAGACCACAGCCCGGGCACUGAAACAGGGCCAUGCCUUGGCCAUGUGGAUCCCAGGUGUGGCGCCUCUGAGCAGCCUGGCCCAGUGGGGCACAUCGGCGGCCAUGCAGGUGGUGUCGCGGCGACGGAGUGAGGUGCGGGUGCCCUGGCUGCACAGCCUCACGGCCACCCAGGAGGAGGACCACGAGGAGCACACGGACACUGAGGGGGAGGAGACCGGGGAGGAGGAGGACUCAGAGACCGAGGAGAGCAAGCUCAGCGAGCAGGGGGCAGCCUUGCCAGGCUCACAGGGCCUCCUGGGCAGCGUGGCACACACCCUGCAGAAGGCCCUCCAGAGCACCGUCUCAGUCGUGAUGUGGGCACCGGCGGCUGUGCUGGGCACGGCGGGGAGGAUGCUGCACCUCACGCCAGCCCAGGCCACCUCCUCAACCAAGGGCAGGGCCAUGUCCCUGUCCGACGCCCUGAAGGGUGUUACUGACAACGUGGUGGACACAGUGGUGAACUACGUGCCGCUCCCCAGGCUGUCACUGAUGGAACCCGAGAGCGAAUUCCGGGACAUCGACAACCCUCCGGCCGAGGCCGAGCGCCGGGAGGCGGAGCGCAGAGGGUCCGGGGCACCGCCCGCUUGCCCAGAGCCCGCCCCGCGCCCUGCGCCGCCCCGCGGCAGCCUGCGGAGUGCUAGGGGCCCGGGCGCGGAGGAACGCGUGGACGCCGCCGCCUUGCCGCGCGCCGCCUUCCCGGCCGUGCCCCGCGAGAAGCCCACGCGCCGGGUCAGCGACAGCUUCUUCCGGCCCAGCGUCAUGGAGCCCAUCCUGGGCCGAGCGCAGUACAGCCAGCUGCGCAAGAAGAGCUGAGCCGCCUACCUACCGCCCUCCCGGCCCGGCGCUUUUCCCCCACCCCGGGCCGGGCCGCUGUCGCGAGCAGACAGACAGAACCUACGAAGAAGUGAGCGUUGGCUUCCUCAAAGUAGUCCCGUUGGGUCCCAAGCCUCCUUCCAAAGACGCUGCCAAGGCACACAUCUUUUGAGCAUCCUCUUUGGGCUUAGCUAUCAGAACCCAUUUUUGAGAAACAUCAGAGUAGCAGCCUGCUUUGAUUCUAGGCCUUGGUUUUUUGAUUUUUUUUUUU